CCGGAUGCCAAACCCCUCUAUUGUCAAGAUUAUAAACAGGAAGAUACGAGGAUGUUUCUGGACAAAAUGUAUUUGGGAUUCAAGCUAACAGCAAUUUCACUCAUCACAAGCUUUUUGCAUUUCUCAAGCCCAAGUUCUCGCAACAUCUAUGGCCUCUUCACCUCCACCAUCUGGCCAUUUGGAGAAUGCUAACGACUCAGAUACACGGCGCCUAGCUCCUCCGCCCUACGAUGACUAUGAACCUCGAGUAAUCGACGAACGGGAUGAAGCCGAGCUCAAUGAGGCCUUCUACGCAUUGGAUCUAUGCUCUUCACCAACAGAACCUACGGUCGACACGUGCUUGGCGCAUCUCAAGCUACUUUUCGCAUUCGAAGAGCUGAAGAUCAAGAUUGGCAACACUGAUGGUCUAUGGGAUAUAUGGGACUCUCGAGCCAUCAGUCCGUCCGGGGGAUCAUCUGUGAAUCCGACCGACAUCCUCUCAAGCUGCGCGAGAAGAGAUGGGCAGUGUAUGUGGCGAGGGCAAUUGAUCGAUAUGAGGCUUGGUGGGCCAGCUUUGUACCAGAUAUGCUUCGGGUCGCGAACAUGUUGACUGCAGCUGAAGAUGAUGAUGCAUUUCACUAUGAAAGCUUUACAUCUCAGAGUCAGCCGAUCAAAUGGACACCCGAUAGCCUUCCACCAUUGGAUGUCCUCCUUGUUUGGCAUGCUCACAUGCUAAACCCCAGAAAUUUUCUCGAGGACUGCCUGCGCCAUGGCUACGGUUCAUUUUGGUCAGCAGGGAUGCCGUGGGCUCUUUUGAACAGAUCAAUUGACCCACAGUUCCAGUACUGUGUUGCUGAUGGAUGCAAAGACGCCUGGAAGAUCCGAACUGGCCGCGACUGGGUUAAUGAGGUAGGCCCAGCCACAAAACAAAUCCAGUGCCCGGCGUGUUCUGCUAAAAACGAGAUACCCUGGACCACUUGCGGCCAGGGUCAAGACGCGAAAGGUAGUCGGCCUGGUCUCGUGGGGACAGGAUACGGGGAUGGAAAGCUAUCCUGGAUCUGCAACAGCUGCAAAAUGUCCAUUGACCAUGAAGUCCAUCGAUUCACGAAAUUUAGGAACGACGUCAAGAAUCUAGUCAAAAACGACUAUCCAAUGCCUGGCACCAUUAUCGACGCAGAAAAUGGAUUGGUGACGAAGAUCGCCGUGGACAGCGACCAGCUCUUCCCGAAUCGCCUUGUCCGACAAGGCCUCCUCGUCGAAGUCUUGGAAACCAUAAAGCCAGGGUCUUCCGAGAAACCAAGCAUGGAAAAGAUUCGAGAUACGAUUGAGGACAUCACCAGGCAAACAAAGAUCCGCCACAGCAGCACAGAACUCAAGAAGAUCGACAAGGGCAUUUCUGGCCUUGCAACUCUUGGGAAGCACCAUCUUUCCCUUUCGGCUCGCCUCCAUACUAGGAGAAUGAUGUCUCGAUACUGGGAGAAUUCUUCCAUAUUUUCCAUCGAUCUUUGCGGUUGCGUGAUGCGCCAGGGAGUUUUCACGAACAAAAUGUUCAAGAUUGAUUGGUUGCACACUAGUACGGCACGGGAGACAAUGCUGAAGCUCCUCAGCAAGUAUGAGCGGUUCAUCGAGAUCAUCGCCACACAUCCAAACAAGGUGGUAGUGCCAACACUCGACAUUGACUUAGCAUGGCAUACGCAUCAACUCAGCCCUCAAGUUUACUUCAACUUCACCGUCAACAAAACUUCGUCCUUUAUCGACCAUAAUGACAAAGUUGACGAAGAUCAACUAGCUAUAUCUUUUGAGUGGAUGAGCAAGAUUUACCAGGAGACGUACGGAGAAGAUUAUGCACAAUGCACCUGUUGGUUUUGUGAAAGUAUUCGAACUAUGAAUCCCACGAGCAGCAAAUCGGCUGAAAGUGGGAAGCCAAAGCCCGCAGUCAUCCAACAACCACCUCCCAGUGAGCCAGCACACAUAUCCUCUCACCCUGCAAUGCAAGUCGAAAGGGAAACAAACAGUCAUCGCCGCACUCAAAAGUUUCUGUUUCACAAUAAAUUGAGCGAAUCCUAUGACAAAGCACGAGGUCGUACGCAGAAAGGCUUCAGGUCUUUAUUCAGUCAGACCGCUCGCUCAGGCCCAUCCGGCAACCCGAGGACAAUUGGUCCUCGUGGUGAAGACUCAUGCGAGCACUGGGGCAAGACCAUUCCAAUAUCCGGUCCGUGGACUUCUCAGACGCUGGCUACGUUGACUGCUGAGAUGUAUGCAACGUCGCCGGGGACAUUUCAUACCCAGCAUGGAAAGCCUGGUGCCUGCGCGGCCGGUACCUGCGGAGGACAAGGGCGUUGUGCAUCAGGAGCUGUGUCUGUUUGUGGGGCUGGAUGUACCGGGACCGCAAGAGAUGGGCUCACUGCUGCGUGAUAUGGUGGCGGCUAGGUAUAUAAAGUUGGUCAUUAGACUUCGUUCAUAUCCAACUAAGAUUGUUGGUGUUACGUAGGGAUUGUUUCAGCCGGCGAAUCCUUUCUCGCUGUCUACUAUGGGUCAAAACAUCAGUCCAAGUUCGUGGGUCUCUGAACUUUCGAAGCCAUAUUCAUGCCAGGAUCAAGAACUGAAGAGAAUAGUG